AUGAACGAUGCUAUUCAAGCAGCUGUUAAGUCUGGAAAAAUCAGCGAAUUCGUAGCGGCCAGCAUUAUCAAGGGAGAUUUCACUCUUCAAUUCGCCCUCGCAAACGAUAGUUAUCGACUUGUCAAUGCCGUUAUCACUUUUGCCAUCUUCGAAUGUCUCUUUGUCGCCUUAUUCUAUUACUCGAGGUUGAAGUUUAGAUCUAAACAUGACUUGGAUCUAUGGUUGAUGGUGCCGACCUUUUUGGCUUGCACUGCUAAUCUUGUUAUUUGUAUAAUAUACGUUAAGACGGGUGGAAUUGGACGACAUGUCCAAGUAGUUUCGUGGGAACAGAUCCAGAUAUUUCUUAAACUCACAGUUGCGAUAUCAUUCCUCAACCCGGCGGCCGUUGCUCUUCCUAGAUUGUGCAUCAUUUGUCUAUAUCUUCGGAUAUUUUCAGGGAAGGUCUUUCGAUAUGCCUCUCAUGCUAUCGCUGGGCUCAUCAUUGCCAUCUGGCUGGCGCAAUUUAUAGUACAAUUCAGGAUGUGUGUCCCAUUUUCGAAACAAUGGAAUCCACUACAGGAGGGAACUUGUCUGAAUCAGUUCAAGGUGUAUAUAUGGUUCUGCUUGCCAAUUAUUCUGACGGACUUGAUGAUGAUUAUCCUGCCUUUGCCAUUUAUUUGGAGACUGCAAACUUCGAGGAAUCAGAAGAUUGGACUCACUGUUACAUUUAUGGCAGGUGGCAUCGGUAUCAUCACAUCCAUCGUUCGGAUAUCUAUAUAUUUCACAAAGCUCAAGGGCUACGAUCUUGAUUUCACGUGGGCCGGCGUAGAUAUCGUUCUAUGGUCAACAGUCGAACCAGGGGUCUACCUCAUUGCAGCAUGUCUCCCAUCCCUCCGACCCCUUUUGAACACCUUUCUCAAAGACUUCGACUCCAACAAAUUCCGCCAUGGCAUCGAAAAGUUCAAACUCAACCACAGCCGCAAAGCCGGAUCUCGCGAUCACCUCCCCUCGCGCGCGAUAACUAUUCCUCUUGCGGAUCCUACGGCCUCACGAGGUGGAUUUAAUCGCAUCAACGGUAGUCAGGAACAGUGGCCUGAGGAUUACCUAGGUACGAAGCCUGGUUUGGCGACGUGUACGCGGGAGAGUUUUGAUAAUUCGGCUGAGGGGUCUGGGGAUUUGGGCAUGCGGCAGAAUAGGACGUCGGAGUUUAUGGGCGGGAUUGUGGUACAUAAGGAGUAUACUAUCAAGACGGAACCGAUUGUGUAUGAUACUGGGAGGGAGUAUGUUGUUAAAGGCAUGUUGGAGGUAGGGAAUGAUCAGGUGGUAGGCUAA